AUGGAUUCUAGACAGGAGUCAUCUGAGACUUUGAGGAACAAGUGUGCAGCUUGCUUUAGACAAUUCAACAAAAUGGAACAUUUAGUUGAGCACAUGAGAAACUCCUAUCACUCAGUUCAUGAGCCCACCUGUAGAAUCUGCAAAAAGCACUGCAGAUCUUUUGAAUCCUUAAGGGAACAUCUCAUAGGGCCAUUGCCUAAACAAGAAUGCAAAAAUAUUUUCAGUAUCAGAGGAUGCAAAUUCUGCUUAACCAUUCUUGAUAGCUACAAUUCUCGCAAUAUGCAUCAAGAAAGAUGCCAGUUUUCAAAUUCCAAUGCUGGAUUGCUUGCUCGCAUAGCUAAUUUAGGUCUAAGGGACAACUUAUUGACUGUUGAGAAUUGUUAUGCGAGAGCUCCUCAAGUUGUUGCUCUUGCUUGUAAAAUGGUUGGAGGUGGAAGUGAUGGCUCUUUAGAUCUUUGUGGAAGGGUUUGCCUCAUUGAUGAAAAGGAAAAUAUUAUCUUCCAUAGUUAUGUCAAGCCACCAAUUCCUGUUACCAACUACAGGUAUGAAACGACGGGUAUUAGAUCUGAAUACCUAAGAGAUGCAAUGCCAUUAAGGCUGGUUCAGUCGAAGCUUCAAAACUUCCUCUGCAAUGGCGAACCUAUGUGGAAAAUUCGACCUAGAGGAGGAGGAAAAGCAAGGAUUCUUGUGGGUCAUGGUUUGGACCAUGACUUUGACCGCCUGCAACUAGAAUAUCCAGCUGUAAUGGUCAGGGAUACUGCUAAAUAUCCUCCAUUGAUGAAAACAAGCAAGCUUAGUAACUCACUCAAGUACCUAACACAAGCCUAUCUUGGGUAUGAGAUACAAAGUGGCAUACAAGACCCAUACGAGGAUUGUGUUGCAACAAUGAGGCUUUACAUGAGAAUGAGAUCCCAAAGACAUGCAGUGGAAGAUUACCCACUUGCAUCUGACCCACAAAAUAGAAACAAUUUUGCUUCUUGGAGGCAAAAUGAACUUGAAAAAAUGUCCCCAGAAGAAAUGCUUGCAAUAUCAAGGUCUGAUUACUACUGCUGGUGUUUGGACUCCUAUUUGAAUUGA